AGGAGGAAGGCAUUCACACCUGAGAACACUCAACUCCUCUCAUCAGCCCAACCCAACCCAGCCCAGACACCACCAUGACCGGCUCCUGCUGUGGCUCCUCCUUCUCCUCCCGGAGCCUUGGGGGAGGCUGCUGCCAGCCCUGCUUCAGCCGCGACCCCUGCUGCGGCCGCCCCGUGUUCUACCGGACCACCGUGUGCCGCCCCGUGACCUGCGUGCCCCGCUACACGCGCACCAUCUGCGAGCCCAGCCGCCGCCCCCUCUGCUGUGACCCGUGCUCCCUGCAGGAGGGCUGCUGCCGCCCCAUCACCUGCUGCCCCACGUCCUGCACGGCCGUGGUCUGCCGGCCCCGCUGCUGGGCCUCCACCUGCUGCCGGCCCAUCUCUGUGCAGUCCCCCUGCUACCGCCCCUCCUGCUGCCAGCCUGCCCCCUGCCACACCAUCUGCAGGACCUCUCACUGCUGAAACCCCUCUGUACCCACAGAACAACACUCUGGAGCCUAAGCGCCUAUUCUGCAUUUUAAUCAAGUUGAAAGAAAAAUAGAUUUUUUCAUAAGGUGACAACAGUGAUUUUUAUGUCUUACCAUUUGGAUACACUGAGAUACACAAGCAGAUGUCUAUCACCACCUCACCAAAUUCCUAGGUGUCCCCAUGGAUGCCAAGUCCACCUUUAAAAGUCCCCAAAGUGGACUUCACACACCCAUCCUGAACUCCGGAGGCUGCUCAAACCCUCCCCAUGAUCUUGUGUAAUGUGCUGCUCCCCUGUUUUCAAUAAAUUAAUUUUCCUGCAAA